AUGAUCAAGUCCAUCAAGGAUCGCCUCAAGAAGCCUCAGCAGAAGGAGGCCGCAGAUGGGCUGAAAAGCGAAGAUGUUCAGAGAUACCAGAACCAGAUUCCGCAACGACAAUUGUGUUAUGUCUGCAGCAGGUCGCUCAGCCAGGAGCAGCGGCACAAGACACUGGGAUCGAUGUGCGUUGCAUGCGGCGAUUUCAAUCUAGUCGAGAGAGCAUAUUCGAUGCCGGGACACCUUUGGCUGUUGCAAAAGACGGCGCUAGUGACCGGCGCGCGCAUCAACUUGGGCUUCCAUACAGCUCUUCGCCUGCUCCGCUGCGGCGCAUUCGUCAUCGCCUCGUCGCGGUACCCGGAGGACGCCUUCUCGCGCUACCAAAAGGAGCUCGACUUUGAGGACUGGAAAGACCGGCUCAGGAUCGUCGGGGCAGAUUUCAGAGCGGCAAAAGACGCCUUCGCACUGGUCGAGGCGACGAAGGUGAUACUGCGCAAGGAAGACCGGAGGCUCGACAUCUUGAUCAACAACGCCGCGCAGACUCUUACUGAUCCUAUCAACAAGGAGCAGAUCGCUACUACACGAGAGAAGGAGCUACUCGAGCAAUCGGGGGCGCCAGAUGCUGUCAACCAGGUUGUUGUGCGCAGCGGAUAUACCGCGCGGGUUCGUGGUGGCGCGACUCUGCCGGGGAUUUCUGGCCAGGAUAUGAAACUUCUUGAGGCAUCGUCGCUAACGGACUCCGCUGUCAUAGAGACGCCUAUGUCGAAUACGCAAAUCUCUUUGCCUCCAGGGCCGUCUUCUUGGGUCCAGUCUCUCUCCGACAUCCCGUACGAAGACGUUAUCACAGCACACAGCGUCAACACCUUCGUGCCCCUCAUCCUGAUCCGCGAGCUGUUGCCCGGCAUGCAAGACGGGCACAUCGUCAACGUGUCAUCGAGAGAGGGCAUCUUCGAGACGGACCGCAACAGUUCAGCCAAGAGGGGCCACCACGUGCACACCAACAUGUCCAAAGCCGGGCUCAACAUGAUCACCGAGACCGAGGCGGCCACGGCCUGGAAGAAGCACAAGGUGGCCAUGAACACCGCGGACCCCGGAUACAUGAGCGCUGCGCCUGAGUACGAGGACGCGCGCGGUGGCGAAAGACCGAUUGGAUGGGAGGACGGCGCGAGUCGAGUACUGUGGCCCAUUGCGAGAAGCGUCAGAGAGCAGAAGGACCCGGAGACGAUGCAUGUGAGAAAGGAUUAUGCGCCGAUGUGGGGCCGGUUCUUGAAGCAUUACGGGGCGGUACGUGCCGAUGCUCGUAUGUCGCGGUAG